GCACGUCAGUUGCGCGCGCCGCUGCCGUUGCCUCCGCAGGGGCUCCUGGUUCUUUUGGUGUGUCCGCGCGUGGCCCGAAGCAGCCGAAGAUGGCGUUGCACGUGCCGAAGGCCCCGGGCUUUGCCCAGAUGCUGAAGGAAGGCGCGAAGCAUUUUUCUGGUUUGGAGGAAGCUGUGUAUCGAAAUAUUAUGGCAUGUAAAGAGCUUGCCCAAACAACUCGCACAGCCUAUGGACCAAAUGGAAUGAACAAAAUGGUUAUCAAUCACUUGGAGAAGCUUUUUGUUACAAAUGAUGCGGCUACCAUCUUAAGGGAACUAGAGGUUCAACAUCCUGCUGCAAAAAUGAUUGUCAUGGCUUCUCAUAUGCAAGAGCAAGAAGUUGGUGAUGGAACAAAUUUUGUUCUUGUCUUUGCUGGAGCCCUUCUGGAACAUGCCGAGGAGCUUCUAAGAAUGGGACUUUCUGUUUCAGAGGUGAUUGAAGGCUAUGAAAAAGCAUCCAAGAAAGCCCUAGAGAUUUUACCCGAUCUAGUGUGCUGUUCUGCAAAAAAUCUUCGAGAUGUUGAAGAGGUGGCAUCUUUGCUGCAGACUUCAAUAAUGAGUAAACAGCGUGGCAAUGAAGUCUUUCUAACUAAAUUGAUUGCUGAAGCAUGUGUGUCAAUUUAUCCUGAAUCGGGCCACUUCAAUGUUGACAAUAUUAGAGUGUGCAAGAUCUUAGGUUCUGGUAUUUGUGCCUCUACAGUAUUGCAUGGCAUGGUUUUUAAAAAAGAAACAGAGGGUGAUGUGACUUCUGUUAAGAAUGCUAAAAUAGCUGUAUAUUCUUGUCCUUUUGAUGGCAUGAUAACAGAAACUAAGGGAACUGUUCUGAUCAAGAAUGCUGAAGAACUGAUGGAUUUUAGCAAAGGAGAGGAAAACCUAAUGGAGUUACAAGUCAAGGCCAUUGCUGAUGCUGGUGCAAAUGUUCUAGUUACAGGUGGUAAAGUGGCAGACAUGGCCCUUCAUUAUGCUAACAAAUACAAUCUUAUGAUAAUCAGGCUGAAUUCUAAAUGGGAUCUCAGAAGACUGUGUAAAACAGUUGGUGCUACAGCCCUUCCUAGACUGACCCCACCCAACCUGGAAGAAUUAGGUCACUGUGACAGUGUGUACUUAUCAGAAGUUGGGGAAACACAAGUGGUUGUGUUUAAACAUGAUAAAGAAGAUGGUGCCAUUUCUACAAUAGUAAUUCGUGGCUCAACAGACAAUCUCAUGGAUGAUGUAGAAAGAGCAGUUGAUGAUGGUGUCAACACUUUUAAAGUACUCACACGUGAUAAACGCCUUGUUCCUGGUGGUGGAGCAACAGAAAUUGAGUUGGCUAAGCAGAUCACUUCAUUUGGAGAGACUUGUCCAGGUCUUGAUCAGUAUGCUAUCAAGAAAUUUGCUGAGGCAUUUGAAGCAGUUCCCCGUGCUUUGGCAGAAAAUUCAGGAAUAAAGGGAAAUGAACUUAUUUCCAAGCUCUAUGCAGUACAUCAAGAAGGCAACAAAAAUGUUGGGUUUGAUAUUGAGGCUGAAGCUGCAGCUGUAAAAGACAUGUUGGAAGCUGGUGUACUGGACACAUACCUUGGAAAACACUGGGGAAUCAAACUGGCUACUAAUGCUGCAGUAACUGUACUCCGAGUCGAUCAGAUAAUUAUGGCAAAACCAGCUGGUGGCCCCAAACCACCCACAGGGAAGAAGGAUGUGGAUGGUGACCAAAGUGAUUGAAAUGAUUCAGUGUAGUUCUUGUGUGGUCUGUGUAUCUUCUAAUGUGUUACUUUAAAUUAUGAGACUAAUCUUUACUAGAUGCUUGUCCUGUCCUAUUUCAAUAAAGCAAUUUCAACUAUU